AUGGCUCCGACGAUUGUCGUCGAUCACUUAAUCCUCACGACAACUUUCCUCGCUUCCUUAUUCGCGUUUCUGCUUCUCUACAUCUUGCGCCGCCGGAGCAAGACGAUUCCCGGCUCCGUCGAUGUCCGUAACGGAACCCUAACGGUCAAAUCUGGAGAUGGCGUCGAUAUCAUCAUCGUCGGUGCUGGUGUCGCCGGCGCUGCUCUCGCUCAUACCCUUGGCAAGGAAGGAAGAAGAGUUCAUGUGAUAGAAAGAGACUUAACCGAACAAGACCGAAUCGUCGGUGAAUUACUUCAACCCGGUGGUUACUUGAAGCUAAUCGAGCUCGGACUCGAAGAUUGUGUGAAGGAGAUAGAUGCACAGAGAGUUCUCGGCUAUGCUCUCUUCAAAGAUGGGAAACACACCAAACUCUCGUACCCUUUGGAACAGUUCGAUUCUGAUAUUGCCGGUCGUAGCUUCCACAAUGGCAGAUUCGUUCAGAGGAUGCGAGAGAAAGCCUCUACGCUUCCCAAUGUUCGUAUGGAGCAAGGAACAGUGACAUCGCUUGUUGAAGAAAACGGAGUAGUCAAAGGUGUUCAAUACAAAACAAAACAAGGCCAAGAGCUUAAAGCAUUUGCUCCUCUCACCAUUGUUUGUGAUGGUUGCUUCUCCAACUUGCGUCGCUCUCUCUGCAAACCUAAGGUGGAGGUUCCAUCGAACUUUGUUGGUCUUGUAUUGGAGAAUUGCGAGCUCCCGUUUCCGAAUCACGGCCACGUCGUUCUCGGCGAUCCGUCACCGAUCUUGUUCUAUCCAAUCAGCAGCUCGGAAGUCCGUUGUUUGGUCGACAUCCCCGGCUCGAAGCUCCCUUCAGUCUCCACCGGAGAAAUGGCAAACCAUCUGAAAACAAACGUCGCGCCUCAGGUUCCGAUUCAAAUCCGCGACUCGUUCGUCUCCGCGGUUGAGAAAGGUAACAUAAGAACAAUGCCGAACAGAAGCAUGCCUGCUGAUCCGAUUCAUACUCCAGGAGCUCUGCUUUUGGGAGACGCAUUCAACAUGAGACAUCCGUUAACCGGAGGCGGUAUGACCGUGGCGUUGUCCGAUAUAGUGAUCCUCCGUGAUCUGCUAAACCCGCUCAUCGACUUAACCGAUAAAGAAUCGUUGUCGAAGUACAUCGAGUCGUUCUACACGUUGCGUAAACCGGUUGCGUCGACGAUCAAUACCCUUGCGGGAGCGCUUUAUAAAGUGUUCUUGGCGUCUCCGGACGAUGCGAGAAGCGAAAUGCGUCGAGCUUGCUUUGAUUAUCUUAGCCUCGGAGGUGUUUGUUCGUCGGGACCUGUGGCUUUGCUCUCGGGGUUGAAUCCGAGACCUAUGAGUCUUGUUCUUCAUUUCUUCGCGGUUGCGAUCUUCGGAGUCGGUCGUUUGCUUGUGCCUCUUCCUUCGGUUAAACGGUUAUGGCUCGGAGCUAGACUAAUCUCGAGUGCUUCAGGGAUUAUAUUUCCGAUAAUUAAAGCGGAAGGAGUGAGGCAAAUGUUCUUCCCUCGAACGAUUCCUGCCAUUUACAGAGCUCCUCCUACUCCUUCUCCUUGGACUUCUUCUCAAUGA